AGAGCGGAGCUGAGGCGGCUUGACCAUCAAGUCAGUCGGCGGCUAAAGGGGCUCCUCCCGCCGCUGAAGGGUUGGACCAACUGGCUUCUUUCCGAACAACCCUGAGCCAUAAGGGACCAUGAGUGACGGCGACAAGAACCCAGCCAGCACCCCGACCCCAGUCACUGAUGUGCAAGGGGAUGGGCGAUGGAUGUCCCUGCACCAUCGCUUUAUUGCUGAUAGCAAAGACAAGGAACCAGAGGUUGUCUUCAUUGGAGAUUCUUUGGUGCAGCUGCUGCACCAGUUCGAGAUCUGGAGAGAGCUUUUCUCCCCUCUACACGCUCUCAACUUUGGCAUUGGGGGAGAUGCCACCCAGCAUGUGCUCUGGCGCCUGCAGAAUGGGGAGUUGCAGCACAUCCGUCCAAAGAUCGUGGUCGUCUGGGUGGGCACCAAUAACCACGGGCACACUGCCGAGCAGGUGGCUGGUGCCAUAGAAGCCAUUGUGCGGGUCAUCCAUCAGCAGCAACCGCAGGCCCGCGUGGUGGUGUUGGGCUUGCUGCCACGGGGCAAGAACCCCAACCCCUUGCGGGAGAAGAACAGCAGAGUGAACGAACUACUUGAGGCGAAGGUUCCACUGCUUCCCAACGCCUCCUUCCUCAACGUCGACCCGGGCUUUGUGCAUUCGGACGGGACCAUAAGCCACCACGACAUGUACGACUACCUCCACUUGACCCGCAACGGCUACGCCAGGCUCUGCCCCGGCCUUCACCGGCUGCUGCUUUGCCUGCUGGGAGAAUGCCACGCUCAAAGCCCUUGACCAAAUGCUGUUGCCUGUGGCCAAGAUGGAGCCACGCUCUGGCCUGGGUGGCUGCAAAGGGACACCUCCCCCAGAAGUUAGAAUGCUGUCUGUCCCGCCACCUCUCCUCCGGUCUUCAAGUGGGUAGGCAAUAAAUACAGCUUCCCUCCCA